AUGCGGUUACUGUUACCCCUGGCAUGGCUUGCCCUGUCAGCCUCUGCCAACGUGUUCAGUGCCGGAGAUACCGACGUCUCCCAGCUCGAACAGCGCACACCACACCUGGCCAAACGCUCCUCCCGGGGAAAAUGCGGGCCCAUCUUGGCAUCAUCGGCCGACACGGCCAUGGUCCCGGACACGCUCAGCGCCAGUGCCUCGCGCAAUGUGUCACUGGGCUACAUCCGCUUCGAGCGCAAUGGCAGCUCCCCGCACCCGGUCAGCAUCCACCUGGGAAAGCGCAUGGAGCUGCCAAACAAAGACAUUGGCGCGUUCUACGCCAAAGAGCUGCCCAACGUCAGCGCGCAGAUUGCCCCGGAAGUCGAAGGAGCCACCGCAGAGCAAAUGAGCACGGCCGUGGUGAAGGAGUUCAGCAGCGUGGCCCGCCGAAAGCAGUGGAGCACGGGCACGGAGGGGCUCUGCGGCUGCACGACCAUGUACAUCAUAAGCCGCAAGGCCGUGUACGCCACGCACUGGUUUGAGAACGUCUCGUUCGACCCGGACCCCGAGUGGCGGAAGGCCGGAGAGUCCAAAGAUGAUGUCUUCGAGGCAACUGUCCUGGACAUGUUGGCGGAAGGCGGGACGAACCAUCCGCCUCUAGACCCGGACGUGAUCGAAGACGAGCAUAUCCACGCUUAUUUGAUACACCCGAAACAGACGUGGGAGGAGAAGAAAGGCGAUGUGGGUUAUCCAAAGCAGUGGGACGCGAUUCGGAAGAAGGUGGGGGAGCUUGUGCCUACCUUGCAGGUUGAGGAGCGGUGGACGGAUAUCGCGUACAAGUCACUGGACACAAAUGACGAUGCGUUCAACCAUCCAGAUAUAAUCUGGGGGAGGAACUUGUUUAAGUAUGACCCGAUGCAUAUUUUCGAGCCUGGGGUGAAGGGUAAGUUGGCGAUGUUGUGGGUUGAAGACAAAUUGUAUCAUGAGGAUCAAUGGUAA